GACAUCGCCACAGCGUCUAGGAUGAUGAGUUGGUUGGGUUGGUUGGUUGGUACAGGAUCCCACGUAGGUAUAAUUCCUAUACGCCAGAAAUCGAUGCAUUUUGAAAGAAUUUUGAAUCUUCAUCUCUCAAUUCAAUACAAGAAACCACCAUUUUUAACUUUUGCAUCACUUAGACUAGGUACCAUCUCAUCUCCCGUGGGGUACAGAGAUUGUCCACAAUUGCCAUACCGGUAUCUAAUCGAACGAACUCGCUUUUUUUUACAAAGCCUCACGAAAAGUUGGGUCUCCUUGCCCUGACAGCAAGCCACAACCUCGUAUUAGACUCGGAUUUACGGGUAUCAGAUGAAUUAAACCUAGCAAGCUGAUGCUAUUUGUGGUUGAUAGGUUCAAUAAGUAGUCGUGGACACCCUCUGAAGAUCUUCGCAGAUUAAUCCAAAGUUCCUCUUUUCCUCACUCUCGUUCAUUUAAGCUACAUCAAACCAAAAAUUUGAAUCCAAACUUCGCCUUUCAACGGUUUCAUUCACUUGAUCUACAGUCUUUUCAACGCCUCGCGAUAUCCUCACAUCACCACAAUCAACUUACACCUACCUACUUUUCGAUUUUACUUCAUCGGUUCCCUCUUGUAACAAAAUAUCCCAGUUUCGCAAACAUGCUUCAGACCCUCGUAAUUGUGCUCAUCUGCAUCGUGGCCGUCAUUAUUGCGAUCGGUCUAGCCGCAUUGAUCAGUACGGGAACGAAGAAGACGGGACCUAACAUUCCUGUCUAAGUAAGAUGUAUAAUCAGGAACAAAACAAAAUAACGCCUUUCAAAUAAUUCCUCCAAGCCACGACUAUUCCAGAGUGAAAACGAACACUCCCAACCAUCUCCUCAUUUCGCCCUUCACAUUUCGAUCUCAAGGCAUGAUGAUCAUUCUGAUCAUAUGCCGCACAUCAAUCUUCUUCCUUUGGCGACUGUCAUGAUAUUACGUGGGUUACGGGGUGCGGAUAUAUUCCCAGGGCUCUGGGUUGGUGGAAAUAAUGGCGUCAAUAAAUGGAUAACCGGCGCGCUUCUAUAUUCAAUAUGAAGAUCGAUGAAAUCAUAUCUUCAUUUGCGGGAUUGCUGGGUGAAUUUUCCUGACUGGUAGUCAGUUCCUUCUCCAGUUGUGGAUAUGUGCAAAUGAAAUGUUGAGCGGAUUGCUACAAGGCAGGCAAGCUGGCGAGGCCGAAUCCCAGCACACUUCCCAAGCCCAUCGAGCUCCAUGAAAGUCGCUCUUUCUAGAGAUUCAUCACAAACAGUUGACGAGUUUGGGAAGGAAGGCAUUACCAGAUUAUAAAAGUAUGUAGGCUGGAGGCAUCGGGAAUCGAUGGAUAUACGAAUGGAUAUGCUGCACAUGAUGAAUAGAUUUUCACCACCUCUUCCUUCAACCUUUACAGUGAAAUUGACGACUUUCUUUCUUCAAUAUUCAAUUGCUUGAAAAUGUUUGUAGCUCCUCGUACAAG